CUCUGCUGAGAGACAGGGGGAAAACGCACGCGCGUGCACACACACACACACACACACACACACGCACACGCACACACUUCCCUGCAGCAGGCUCUCUGCUUUCCAGGACCAGCCGUUUUGUGGCAGAGGCACCAGGCAGGGGCUCGGACAGCACAGAGGCCGCUGCACCCCACUGUUCCCCGCUCAGAGCCCGAGGACCGUGCUCGUGUUGCUCUGAGCUCAGCUGGUUCCAAGGAGUGAGGCCCAGCUGACCCCACGUUGCCGCCUGCCUCUUCUCUCCAGUGACUCUGUUCUGUGUGGGCGAGAAAAGGCUUCCAGCCUCCCUGGGCCUCUGGUUCCCAGGACGACGGCGCACUCAGGACUCGGGGCUCUCACGGGUGCCCUGCUUCCUUCCCGGGAUGGGCCAUGCAGCCGCCUUCACCUCAGGCCUGGCCCUGCUCCAGGUGCAGGAAGGAGGGUAAGGAGGCCCGUGAGGAGGGCUCACCUGUCACUGUCACAUGGGCCUUCCCGACCCUCCGAGAAUGAGCGGUGAUGUCCUCUAGCCGCCCCUAGCAGCGUCUCGGUUCUCCCUGGCCAUAGCAGCUGACUGGGUCUGGGACUUUCUCCACGACACACAGACGGCACUGGCAGCCAACGAUGACUGUCCAGAAACUGGUGGCCACAGCUGUGCUGGUGGCCCUGGUGUCUCUGGUCCUCAACAACGCGGCAGCCUUUACCCCCAACUGGGUGUACCAGACGCUGGAAGACGGGCGCAAACGGAGCGUGGGACUGUGGAGGUCCUGCUGGCUGGUGGACAGGGCCCGGGGAGGGCCGAGCCCUGGGGUCAGGCCCGGGCAGGCAGAUGCACGGGACUGUGAGCCCCUGGGCUGGGGCUCCGAGGCGGCAGGCUUCCAGGAGUCGCGAGGCACCGUCAAAUUGCAGUUCGACAUGAUGCGUGCCUGCAACCUGGUCGCCACGGUGGCUCUCGCUGCGGGCCAGCUCACCUUCGUCCUUGGGCUGACGGGCCUACCCCUGAUGUCACCCGAUUCCCAGUGCUGGGAGGAAGCCAUGGCCGCUGCGUUCCAGCUGGCAAGUUUCGUCCUGGUCAUCGGACUGGUGACAUUCUAUAGAAUCGGCCCCUACACCAGCCUGUCCUGGUCUUGCUACCUAAACAUUGGCGCCUGCCUCCUGGCCACCCUGGCGGCGGCCAUGCUCAUCUGGAACAUUCUUCACAGGAGGGAGGACUGCAUGGCGCCCCGGGUGAUUGUCAUCAGCCGCUCCCUGACGGCGCGGUUUCGCCGCGGGCUGGAGAAUGACUACGUGGAGUCCCCGUGCUGAGGCCGCCGGGCAGGCUUAGGACUCUAUCCGACUGUAACGAACAAUCGAGAAACCAAUGGGCCGCCUGUGCAGCAGUGGGCGAUUCGUAUGACUUCCUAUAUAUGCAUAUGUACGAUACACAGGUAUGUUUACUAUUACAUAUAAAUACAUUCUAUGAUCAUAUAUCGUCUGGGCCAGCCUCCUCCUGACACUCGCACAACCUGGCUUCACGCGCACGCAUGUCGCAAGGAGGAAACUAGCAACUGAGACACCCACGCGGAGCGGUGGCUGUCCUGCUCGGCACCCUGGUCUGGGGUUAAUUUAUUCUCCAUCUGCUGAGAGGGGCGUCCGCGGCCAGUUUUACUCUGGUAAAGCAGGACACCCGGAGAGAUUUUUCUGGAACUGGCCGUGAUCUUCCUCGAGUGGCUCAGAAUUUAUAACCAGAUGAUUACGGCUUUACAACAGGAUGGAGUCAGUAACAUCUGUUUGCGCCGGAUUAUUUUUCUAAGUUAAAAUAAAGGGCAAACCUCUUACCACUGUC